UUGAUAUCUUUUCUUCUACAAUCCCGCGACAGCGCGAGACGACACUCCUUGCGGUCGAACAUUCAAGAGACUGAUGGCGACAACCGAGGGUGUCCCUAACCGCCGCGAGAAGAAGAUAGGACGUACCAUACUUCGUGCGCUCCUGUACGAUGACGAGGCUGACAAGCAACCCCGGCUAUGGCGCCCGAUAAAGACGUUUUUCAAGCUCUACGGCAUCAUCUUGACCAGAACGAGACCGGAACUCUUUCGCAAACUGCGCAAUCAGUCCUGGGGCAUGUCAGAAGAUGACUACACAUCCAGUUUCAGGGACGACGAUUCUCUCGUUCCUAAAGCUGAUAUGGGCUACUCUGGUUCCACAUUCUUCGUGACAAAAGAUAACAAGUACCUCAUCAAGUCCAUCCCACGACAAUUCGAGCACUCGUUCUUCCGCGAUGACCUGCUCGUCCCGUACGUCGAGCACAUGGAGGCCCACCCCGAUUCCCUACUCGUCCGGAUCACAGACUUUCUAGGCUGGCGAUUCCGAAGCCUAGGAGGGCUCCUGGGCACCGCGCCGGCAUACCAUCUCGUCAUGGAGAACCUGUUGCAUGGCCAGGAGGAAAACUCCAAAUGGCAGACCUUCGACCUCAAACCCAUGUCCUAUUUCUUUCCCGAGCGAGACAUUGCCGGCGGCAAGCUAGCGUCGCAGGCGACCAAGUCGAAACUUGCGGACGAGUUCCAUGACAAGCUCGUCCUGACAAAAGAACAAGCCGACGAUUUCUUUCACAGCCUAGAAGCCGACACGGAACUUCUAGCCAGCCACAAUGCAGUCGACUACAGUCUGAUGCUUGUCCGUAUACCCCGACCGACUCAUGUCGAGGUGGACGAAGACCCAUUCAAAGACCCUCCAAAUUGGCGGACGGGCGUACCCUCACAGGACAACAAGUGGUUAUUUCGCGCGACAAUUCUCGACUUCUUCUGGGCCAAACACAAGAUACAUGCGAUGGCGAUGACGUUCCUCAUCAACGCGUGGAACUUGAUUGAUCGGCAGGGUCCGAUGAGCAUCACCACUGAGGCCCCAGAGUAUCGAGGACGGUUCCUGGAGAUGUGCAGGGAAAUGGUCGAGGUUCGGGACUCAUGAUCUCGUUUAUUUGGGACGUCUAUCUGGUCGUUUCAUUUUUGCACAGCGUGCAUCGUUA